GUACCUGACGCAACCAGUAGACCGGGUGCCGACUAGCCGUAUCUUGUGGCGCAGUUAAUUCGCUGACGUAGGAUGGAUUCAGGUUCCCAUCAUGAAUGAUUGAAUUCUAUGGAUGUACAAAUGCUCAGCCACGACAGCCUGCGAUCAAUUGUCACCUAAACCAACCAAACCAUCCUACAAACACGAUUCGGAUUCGUCAAUCCUUCUUCAAUUCUACCUCACCUUUAAUAUCAAAUCGACAACUCCCAAACAAUUCUAAUUCUCCUACCAUCUAGACCACAAUUGCAUAUCUAAAUUCUGACUAUUCGUUAUCGCCAAUACAAAUAGUACAGAGCAGAACGAAGCAAAGUCGCAAGCAUGUCGUGGGCAGGAUUCAAGAAAAAUGUCAAUCGUGCAACGACCCAGGUGAUGAUGAAGACGGGCCAUGUCGAAAAGACAAACGAUCGUGACUACGAAGUCGAGGAGCGACGAUUUCGGACAAUGGAAGCUGCUUCGCUACGUCUUCAGAAGGAAGCGAGAGGAUAUUUGGAUUCGAUACGAGCGAUGACUGCCUCUCAAAUGCGCAUAGCCGAGACGAUAGAUGCCUUCUAUGGUGAUGCCGGAGCUAAGGACGGUGUUAGCAGAAGCUACAAACAAGCCGUGGAAGAUUUAGAUACAGAAACCAUAAAAGCGCUGGACGGUCCGUACAGAACAACAGUACUAGAGCCUAUCACUAGGUUCUGUGCAUAUUUCCCUGACGUCAAUGAAUGUAUCAAGAAGCGUGGCCACAAACUGCUCGAUUACGAUGCGCUACGAGCGAAAGUCAAGAAAUUAGCCGAGAAGCCCGAUAAGGAUGUAACAAAACUUCCACGCACAGAGAAGGAGAUGGAGAUCGCCAAGGCUGCCUACGAACAACUCAACGAACAGCUAUCCACUGAGCUACCUCAGCUUAUCGACCUUCGAGUACCCUACCUCGACCCCAGCUUCGAAGCCCUCGUCAAGAUCCAACUCCGAUUCUGUGCUGAGGCUUAUAGUAGAAUGGCUCAAGUUCAACAGUACUUGGAUGCGGACACUAGGGAGCAGUACGCCCAAGGUCAACUGGACUCGAGAGUGGAGCAAGUAUUGCAAGAGAUUCGGGAACUCAGCAUCAGCGGCACAGUAUAAGAACCUCAUUACUGUUAGGUACAAAUACGCGGAGUUAGACGAAAAAAAAGAGGCUUUCAUUAGGCGCGGUGCUUCUGGUCUGGGCUGGCAUUUUCAUAGGUAGGGCACUCUUAGGACAAGCCGCGGCACGAUUCACGGGUUCAUGUUAGAUACCGAGCAGGACGACGGGCUUGCGAAUAGCAGCCGAGUAUUUUCUGAAAGUAGAUUUGGUUUCUGCGUCUUCGAGGAGAUGAUACGCUCUGUGUUCCUUACUCAAUAUUACAUUAGGAUACCACAUGUCGACCUUGUAUUUCUAUGGUUCCCUUCAAUCGCAAGUCUUUUAGUUAGUAUGGGAAAUAUACGUCAGUGUAAAUGUUUAA